AUGCUACAUGUGGUUCAAGUAGAUAAUUUAAAUGUACGACCAUUGCCAAGUCGUCAAGAAAGCCAAGGACGGAGGACUACUGGAUCAGAGAGCAGUCGUCCAACUACACAAGAUGAUGGAAAUAGAUGGAGUUCUCCAGCGUAUACUGCUAAAGAUAUCCCAUGCCCCUCUUAUGUUAUCCCCACGUUAUCUGGGGUGAGUUGUGGAGUAAUAGAAGUUGGGAAAGUUUUUGAGAACAACUUAGAGUUGAAGACAAAGGCACACUUGUAUGCAAUGAAGCAGAACUUCGAGUUUGUGGUGAAGAAGUCAGUCGCACUGGAUGCAAAUAACCAUCUAUAUCCAGUUGCAUUUGGUAUUGUGGAUAGUGAGAAUCAUGAUUCUUGGAAGUAUUUCAUGUCAAAGCUAAAAGAAGCGAUUGGGGAAGUCGAGGACCUGGCGUUUGUAUCUGACAGGCAUGCAAGUAUUACACAUGCCUUGGAAACUAUUUUCCCCGAUGCCUAUCAUGGUGCUUGCUACCACCACAUUAGUAUGAAUGUGGUUGCUAAAUUCAAGACUGAUCAUUGUCAUGUGUUGAUGUAUAAUGCGGCAUAUGCUUUUAGGAAAUUCGAGUUCCACGCUAACUUCGAAAAAAUCAAAUCAAAAGACCCAGCCAUUGCUCAAUACCUAGAAGGAAUGGGUUUUGAUAAGUGGUCCCGUGCUUACUUUCCUAGAAAUGGGUAUAAUAUAAUGACAAGCAAUUACGCUGAAAGUUUCAACAAUAAGACCCGGGACGCUAGGAGCUUUCCGAUAACUACAUUCGUCGAAUUUAUUCGCUUCACACUACAGUCCUGGUUCUGUAAUAGGAGAGAAACUAGCGAGAAGACAACUACCACUCUUGCACCGACCUAUGAGAAAAAUUUGGUGGAUAUGGCUGAGAAAGCUCGAUUCUUGAUUCCUUAUGCAAUAGGGAGGCAUGAGUUCCAUGUGUUAGAUGGUGAGCUGAAUGGUGAAGUCGACCUCCUGAAUAAGACAUGCACAUGCGGCGUGUUUCAGAUUAUUGGUAUCCCAUGUGCUCAUGCACUAUCUGGAUCCCUUAAGCGAGGGGUGAACUUUUAUUCGUUGUGUUCAGAUUACUAUAAAAUUGAGAAAUGGAGGUCCUCUUACAUAGAAUCUAUAUAUCCUACUAGUAACGAGGAAGAGUGGAUUGUUCCACAUGACAUUAUGACAAUAACAGUGAGAACACCUGCGCAGAAAAACCCGGUUGGUCGUCCAAAGAAGAAACAAGGUAGGCCUAAGACGAAACGUCAUCCUUCCAAUGGAGAUAAAUUGGUUGUUCCACGCAAGUGCAGCACUUGUGGAGGUCUAGGCCAUAAUAGGGCAACUUGUAAAGUUCGUGUUUGA